AUGUUUGGCUGUUGUAACGAUGCUAAGCAGUUUAUUGAUUUGAGCAAAAACAUUAGCUCACUAAUUCCAUACAAAAAUAUAAAAGUCACUCCAGACCUUACGCCCUGUCAACGUCGUGUAAGAAGACGCGAAGCGAUAGAAUUGAAUGGGAGUGUUACAGUUAAUAAUCAGCCAGAGACAGUUUGCAACACAGCAAAUAGUUUAAAACACACGAACAUUAAGCAUGACACCACUCCACAUACGGCUGAUCACUCUGUUGAUCUAGAUGAGUCUACAGAUCAGAAACCUUUGGAUAAGAUACGGACCCCAACUGACACCAAAAACCAUAACGACAUGACUAAUCCCAGCUGUUCAUUCAGUAAUGUACUAAAAUGUGAGUCGUGUAACAACACAUGUGCAACUAAACCUAUACACUUGAAAAUUUGUCCUCCUAAAGACAUUCCACAAGUAGACUUGAAUGAACGUAAGUUCAUCUCACAAAGACAACGAAAGAAUCCUGCUCUGAAAAUAAAGGGUGGGAAGACAAAACUCAUGAUACCGAAUAGGGAAACACGCAAGAUUGAACCCAACUGCUCUAUAGGUAUCCCAAGAACAGUGAACAGGUUCUCCCCGCUGCUAUCGUAUAACUUGCCUUCAACACCUCCAAGUUGCAAAAAGGGUGGUGGGCUUCAACGUAGCAAGCCUUCUUACACGCAGACUAACGAAAACUACCAGAGAACUGGCCACCCAAAUCACCCCCUGAAGCCUAAAACCAUAAAUAAGAACGGUAAUAAUAGGUUUCUCACUUCACACCCUACCUACAUUCCCCAGGAUCGCAACUGUAAUUACUCUCAAAAAGAAAACUUCUCAUACCCUUUAGUACCGACCCAUCACAUAACAACGGCUCCCAUGUAUAACAACAGUCGCAACUCCUCCCAGUUACGCGUAGCAGACCCCUCUCGCGCUAACGUAAAUAGCCAUAACAGGGGCUACGAGUCUAACCAUCAAGACUAUUUUGUAAAUAACCAUACACUUCACAGCAGGCCUGUACAAGAUUUUUUUGGAAUAAGACCCCUAGUGACACCUCUGUUGAAGCAUAUAGCCCAGGUUAUUUCAAACCACAUGCAAACCAUAAAUUUGUUUCCUCCGUACAGUUUCCAUCACAGAGUACUCCCACCCUUUCCUCCUGGGUAA